AAUCAUCGGUUCAUUUCGCAAUUCCUAAAUCUCAGCAUAUGCAUCACGCAAACUCUCCUAAGGAGAGAACAUUUAUCAACCAAAAUCGAACCUUGGGAGAAGAAAUAUUCCUAAUUUCCAAUUUGUAAUUCCUCGCCUUUUGUUCAAUUUUCUUGAUCCUUGUUUACGCCCUGAUGUUUCUGUUCUUUGGUUUUGGCUCGUCUCGUUUUGAUCGAAAUCUUUUCCCGAUUGAUUUUAGGUUGACCCAUAUUCACUAUGAUCGUUAUGGGUCUCCCAAUUUCCCUUGGAUUUCCGAAUCUGUGCGGAGAUUUAGGUGCUGGGUUAGGUUUAGGGUUAGGUCUGAAUUCGGUUAGGGGAAAUUAGAAUCCUUAGAAGAAUCGGCUGCAGUUUUGCUUGACGGUGUACUGUGAUUUAGCCCAGUAAUCUAUUUUUGGAAAAUAGGUUAAAGCUUAGUUUUUUAACUGAAUAAUCUCUCUCUCCUUUCCUUUGGCUGCAUUGCUCUGGUGGAAUGAUAGGUGUUUCUGAUUAGCCAAUAUCCAGUGGUGAAAUGGUUGUUGUGUUCAUCGAUUCAAGCUCCCUUUCUGGAUUGGUUUUAGGCUGCUUGUUGUGAGUUAAAUGUACUUAAUGUCUUCUGUGGUGAUACGAAGUGAUUAAUUAUCUAUCGACUUUGGAGGAGUAUGGUUAAUCACUUUUAUUUGCUUGUGUUCAUAAGCAAUUGCUUCAUGCUUUUCCCCGCUGUAAACGUUUUGGAUUCAAUGCAAAGAGAGUUUUGUACGUUAUGUGUUGAUGGGUCUGCUGUCUGCUGUCUGCUAUGUUUUCUUUCCUUAUGCCCGCUGUUCGUAUUUGAUUUAUGGCGAUAUUUUUCUUGAAUUUUGACUCCUUCUCUUUGGCAUGCAAAUGCAGGUUUUAGGACAUUCAAGCUGCCUCGCAGCUUAAGGAAAAUAGUUCUUUUAGUUUUACAUUCAGAAUUUGGUUGGUUCCCCUUCAAGUUUUCCGAAGAUUGUUCGAUAGUGUUUGCUUCCUUGGUGGUUGGAUUUGAUCUGUAUUUUUAUCAACUGAUCUUCAUCGUAAAGUAAAUUAAAGGCCUUUGAAAAAGUAAGGAAGUAGAUUUCCAACAGGCUGCCAUUAGAGUUUCUCUCAAUUGGUAAGUUCUUGUUUUCAGCCAUUUAUAUGUAUAUGUAUAAAGUCUAGGUCCUUUUUUUAAUGUAGUUUUGAUGUGGACUGACUAUUCCUGCCUGCUAAGUUCCCAUUCUAUGAUCAAACACUUAGUCGGUAUACGAUACCUUUAUAUGUUUCUGCAUAUCAGAAAGGCAGUUAUCUUCCCGAUGAAUUUAAGCAACGAUUCCUUUUGCAGUUUUAUCUUUUCAGAAUAUAAGAUUAGCAACAAAGAUUUAUAUCUUUCUAACUUGCUCGAUGUGUGAGUAGUUUACACAGUGCAUACAGGAAUGGCUGGUGUAAAGCGAAAAAUAUGUACCGAGUCAGAUGCUCAUGCUCUUCACAGAGAACUGGACGAGGUUUCAUGCCCUAUUUGCAUGGAUCACCCACAUAAUGCUGUUCUUCUGCUAUGCACCUCACAUGACAACGGUUGCAGGUCUUACAUUUGUGAUACGAGUUAUCGGCAUUCCAACUGCCUCGAUCAGUUUAAGAAAAUUCAGUCUGAAUUCACAACCAUUCCCAGUGAUUCGGGUUUAGGAUCAAAUCUCGACGGGUCACAGCACGAGGGUGGUACAGCCCGUAGAGAUAGUUUUAACCGUUUGGCUAGAACCCUAGACUCAGAAGGCGAAGGUAUAUUGGAAUUGAACAUUGGGGAUUCUGAAACGUUGAGGAGGAGAGUGGAACAAGAACAGUCAGAGGAAGAGGACCCGAGAGCGAAUUUGAAAUGCCCGCUCUGCCGGGGUACUGUUUUAGGAUGGAAGGUUUUGGAAGAGGUGAGAGAUUAUCUCAACUCGAAGACCCGGAGUUGUUCACGGGAAUCCUGCUCUUUUACAGGGAAUUACCAAGAAUUGCGUCGACAUGCCAGAAGGGUUCACCCGACAACCCGACCUUCAGACAUUGACCCGUCCAGGGAGAGAGCAUGGCGACGGCUCGAACACCAGAGAGAGUAUGGGGAUAUAGUCAGUGCUGUCCGUUCUGCCAUGCCUGGUGCUGUCGUGGUCGGAGACUAUAUCAUAGAAAACGGAGAUAGGUUUUCUGGCGAAAGGAGGGAGAACGGAAAUUCGGGCGAGAUCAACGCACCUUGGUGGACGACUUUCUUUUUGUUUCAGAUGAUUGGAUCACUUGACCAUGGAGGAGGUUCUAGUGGCAGCGACUCGAGAGCUCACAGGUCACGGGCAUGGAGGAAUCAUCGGCGCUCUUCGGAAAGGCGAUACCUUUGGGGAGAAAAUCUACUCGGUCUACAAGACGAGCAUGACAAUGGUGACGAAGAUCUGCGUAUAUUGAGCGAUGCGAGCGAUGGAAUGUCGCCUGUUCCAAGAAGGCGUCGAAGGUUGCCUCGUUCGAGAUCAGGCAAUGGUAGCCCACGAUGAUUGGACCGAAUCAAAGUCACGUCCUUCUGGUAUCUGUUAUUUAGUAUCCAAGAUCUGGAUUACGAGUACGGGUAUCGAAAUAUGAUACCGGAGGCCUUCGUUUCGGGUUUUGUUACCCCGAAUAUUUCGGAUACUCGGCCUCGUGUUGAAAACCAUCAGUUUAUCGUCAUGUCAGCCAACUUGGUUGUUAUGGCCAGGUACCUUUCAUAUUAGGCAGCGAGCGUGGCGGAGACAAAGGGUUGCCUCUCUCUGUCCGAAGAAGCUUUUGAAACCUCUCUCUGGUCGGAAGCUUUAACCAGUUGUCGGAAAAUUCAAGAAAGAGAGAUGUGUUUGUGGACUGGAAGACCUGACCUGACCCGAUGGAUCAGUUAGGGUUUCUGCUUGAAGCUCUCCAUCGUUGUUGUACCUUGGAACCUCGAGGGAGUUCACUCGUUGUAUCUAUCUUGUAUCAUGUGCUUGGCUUUUAUACUUGUACAUUUUCACA